GGUUAGUUGGGCCCCACGAGGGGCGCUCUCUUGCCAGGAGCAGAAGUGCUGUUUUGACACAACUCUGGUCUCUGCCUUCAGAUGUGUCACCAGUGGCGGCUGGCCUCAUCGGGGCCUCUGUGCUGGUGGUGUGUGUUUCUGUGACUGUCUUUGUGUGGACAUGCUGCCACCAGCAGGCAGAGAAGAAGCACAAGACCCCGCCAUACAAGUUUAUUCACAUGCUGAAAGGCAUUAGCAUCUACCCAGAGACCCUCAGCAACAAGAAGAAAAUCAUCAAAGUCCGGAGAGACAAAGAUGGUCUCCGGAGGGAGAGUGCACGAGGGAACCUGUUAGUAAAUGCGGCAGAGUCUGGCCUGCUGAGCCAAGAAAAGGACCCCAGAGGGCCUAGCUCUGCAUCUUGUAUAGACCAGUUACCCAUCAAAAGAGACUAUGGGGAAGAACUGAGGAGUCCCAUGACAAGCCUGACCCCUGGUGAGAGCAAAGCCACCUCCCCAUCAUCACCAGAGGAAGAGGUGAUGCUCGGAUCCCUUACCUUCUCGGUGGACUAUAACUUUCCCAAAAAAGCUCUGGUGGUGACAAUCCAAGAGGCCCACGGGCUGCCAGUGAUGGAUGACCAAACCCAGGGCUCUGACCCCUACAUCAAGAUGACGAUCCUUCCAGACAAGAGGCACCGAGUGAAGACCCGAGUGCUUCGCAAGACCCUGGACCCUGUAUUUGAUGAGACCUUCACCUUCUACGGAAUUCCAUACAGCCAGCUGCAGGACCUGGUGCUACAUUUCCUCGUGCUCAGCUUU